GCAAUAAUAGAUCUGGAGGGACCGCAGAGACUCAUUCUAUUAUGAGCUGCUAGAGUAGGGGUCUCACCAUGGACCUGUGUAAAGCAGCUUUUUUCCUGGGAGCCCUGAUCUACACUGUGAGUUGUUCCGAGGUGAGCGGCUACGACAAAACAGAAGGGGCGUGGAUCACCUCGUUGAACAGGCGACAGCACACGGUGAACAGCGCGACUGAAUGCGCUGACAAAUGUAACGCGGAAACAACGUUCAUGUGCAAGUCUUUCGUGUAUAUUGAAAAGGAUCAAGAAUGCUGGACAAUAUCAGAUAACUCAAAAACAGAGAUCUUACUGCGGAGAACAAGUGCAGCUUUAUAUGAAAAACAAGAUUACCUCCUGGAGUGUGUAAAAGGAAUAGGAACAGAUUACAGAGGAACAAAGUCCAAAACAAAAUCAGGAAAGAAAUGUCAGCGAUGGGAAGCAAAAUAUCCCCAUAAGCCAAAUUUCACACCACAGUCUCAUCCCAAAGCAGACCUGGACUCUAACUUCUGCAGAAACCCUGAUGGUGAUGGCGGCGGUCCCUGGUGUUACACCACUGAUAGCAGCACCCGCUGGGAGCACUGUAACGUGCCCAGCUGUGCAGAUGAUUGUAUUCACUGCAGUGGUGAGAACUACAGGGGAAAAACAUCAACCACUGAAAAUGGCUUCACCUGCCAACGAUGGGACUCACAGACACCUAACAACCAUGGCUACAACCCCGGCGCUCUCCCAGAAAAGUUCCUUGAAGAGAACUACUGCAGAAACCCUGAUGGAGACCCCCGACCUUGGUGCUUCACCACCAGUCCGUCCAAACGAUGGGACUUCUGCUCCAUUCCACGCUGCACAUCCGAGCCUCCCACCAUUGAUCCAGAGUUGACUUGCGCCUCAGGUGAAGGCAGCUCGUACCGAGGUACGGUUGCUGUCACAGAGUCUGGCAAAACCUGCCAGAGCUGGUCGGUUCAGGUGCCUCAGAAACACAAUCGCAGCCCAGACAACUACCCCUGCAAAGGCCUGGAAAACAACUACUGUCGUAACCCAGACAACGAGAGGAAGCCCUGGUGUUACACCACUGACCCUGACACUCGCUGGGAGUACUGCACAGUGCCCAGUUGUGGGGAUGAAGCCAGACCAGAUGACCCAGUGAUCCCCCCAGAGGAGGAAGACUGUUACAAGGACAAUGGAUCAAGUUACCGUGGCAUCACAUCAGAGACCAUCAGCGGGAAGAAAUGUCAGAUGUGGGGCUUAAUGACUCCUCACAGACACACAAAGACUCCACAGAACUACCCAAAAGGGGACCUCAAAAGGAAUCUGUGCAGGAACCCCGACGAUGACCGAGCUCCCUGGUGCUACACCACUGAUCCCUCUGUCCGCUGGGAGUACUGCAAUUUGGAGAAAUGUUCCACUGGGUCUUCAGGAGUAACACCGACAAAUCCUUCCGUACCCCAAGGCCCAUCCACCGUCACCCAGACACCACCUGUAAAAGACUGCAAGGUUGGCAAUGGAGAUACAUACCGUGGCCCAACCUCCAUCACCAUUUCGGGUGUGACCUGCCAGGCCUGGAGUUCUCAAAGUCCUCAUCAACAUAACAGCUUCACCCCACAGAGCCAUCCCACCAAGGGCCUGGAGGGUAAUAGCUGUAGAAACCCUGAUGGCGACGUGAACGGACCUUGGUGCUACACCACUGACAGGAACAAGAAGUGGGAUUACUGUCAGAUCACAGACUGUGCUGGACUGAGCUGUGGGAUGCCGGUGACCAAACCGAAGCGCUGUUUUGGUCGUAUUGUCGGAGGCUGCGUGUCUAAACCUCACUCGUGGCCGUGGCAGAUUAGCCUCCGCACCAGCGCAGGAAUCCAUUUCUGUGGAGGAACUCUGAUCCACCCUCAGUGGGUUCUCACUGCUGCUCACUGCAUGGAGAGGUCCACACGGCCUUCGGCCUACCAGAUUCUCCUGGGCAUUCACACAGAAAGAGCUAACGAACGGUCUAAGCAGGAGAGACAACUGGAGAAAAUUGUGCUGGGACUGAACCGAGCCGACAUCGCUCUGCUUAAACUGGAGCGUCCUGCACUGAUCAAUGACAAAGUCCUGCCCGCUUGUCUGCCACAGAAGAACUUUGUUGUCCCAGUGGAACAGAGUGUUACGUCACUGGAUGGGGUGAAACUGAAGGUACACAUGUGUUCUUGUGCUGGUAUACUUGUGGGGACCACACUUUUACAUGUGAAUAGUGAGGACCUUCCAGAUUAGUCCUCACUUCUUCAA